CGGGGAGUGGGAAAACGUAUACUAUGUGGGGUCCUGCCAAUUCUUUGGCUGAAGAAAAUGUAGCAAAAGAGCAACAAGGACUUACACCCCGUGUUUUUGAGAGACUGUUUGCGCGCAUAAAGGAAGAGCAAACAAAGCAUUCUGAUCAACAGCUCAAUUAUCAGUGCAACUGCUCUUUUCUUGAGAUAUACAAUGAACAGGUCACAGAUCUGUUGGAUCCGAGUCAAAGGAACCUUCAGAUUAGAGAAGAUGUCAAAUCAGGUGUGUAUGUUGAGAAUCUUACAGAGAAUCAAGUGUCUACAAUGGAGGAUGUUACUCAGGAGCUUUCUGAUGUAGAAUGGAGGAUUGGUGCAGAACUGUGGAAAUCUGAUGUAGAAGUAGAGGUUGAAGAAGACUUGUUGCAGAUUAAUCAAGAAACUGAGAGGGUGAAGAUCGAAUGA